GCGAAAUUGUCCUCAGGCGGACACGGUUAAAAGGUAAACACGAUUUUUUAAUGUGUGACGAAGAACCGAGAGGGAGCUCGAAACCUUGUCCGGGACACGAGGUGUUUGGAGGAGCGGCGCGAGGCUGCACAGCCACUGCAGGAGGUUUAAGGCAGAAUGAAAAAUAUCAAAUGACUGACUUGGAGCAACAAAGAAGACACUGAUUUCAUCUUAUUUUGUCACCACACUGAGUCAGGAGUAUGUUGAUGAAGGAGUACCGCAUCUGCAUGCCUCUCACAGUGGAGGAGUACCGCAUUGGCCAGCUCUACAUGAUCAGCAAACACAGUCACGAGCAGAGUGACCGUGGCGAGGGGGUGGAGGUGGUGCAGAAUGAGCCGUACGAGGACCCAGAGCAUGGAUCAGGCCAGUUCACCGAGAAACGAAUCUACCUCAACAACAAGUUGCCCAGCUGGGCGCGAGCGGUGGUCCCUAGAAUUUUUUAUGUCACAGAGAAGGCUUGGAACUAUUACCCCUACACCAUCACAGAGUACACAUGCUCCUUCCUGCCGAAGUUUUCCAUCCACAUAGAGAGCAAGUAUGAAGACAACAAAGGGAGCAAUGAUAAUAUCUUUGGGAACGAGCCCAGAGACGAGGAAACUGAGGUGUGUUUCGUGGACAUUGCCUACGAUGAGAUCCCCGAGAGGCAUUACAAGGAGUCAGAGGACCUGCGGUAUUUCAAGUCGAAGAAGACUAAUCGAGGUCUGCUGCAGGAAGGAUGGCUUGAUACCCAAGACCCCAUCAUGUGCUCCUACAAACUGGUGACUGUAAAGUUUGAGGUCUGGGGUCUGCAAACACGUGUGGAGCAGUUUGUGCACAAGGUGAUUCGAGAUGUCUUGCUUUUAGGUCACAGGCAGGCCUUUGCCUGGGUGGAUGAGUGGAUUGACAUGACCAUGGACGAAGUCAGAGAAUACGAGCGUACCACACAGGAAGCCACGAACCUGAAGAUCGGCACCUUCCCUCCAACUAUCUCAAUCACAGAGACCACCCUGGUGUCCAGCACCCGCAGUGGGCCCAACAGCGCCCCUUCAACACCCCUCUCCACUGACCCUCCCGAGUUUCUGACAGUUCCAAAGGAACGUCCCAGGAAGAAGUCUGCUCCAGAAACCUUGACCCUCCCAGACCCAGGCCGCAGGAAUUCCAUCUUCAAACUGCCCAGCUUCUUCUCCUGGAAUUCUGAUCCUCAGCCGGAAUGAGAGCCAGGUUGUGCCGCGAGUGAACACCCGUGACUUGUGGAUCCGUGGAAGAUGCCUGCUAAGCACAUCCCACAAUUCCCUCUGUCAGCCAGCUGAAGGUAAGGAGACUUCUUACGUCCCUGCUGAUCCAGGCCCUUCUCGGUCAGCUCGCUGUGUUACACCGAAGCCAGUUGUCCUCAGACUGCCUUCACCAGAACGGGCAGGGAGCCUGGUUCUCCACAGGGUGCAAAGGUAUCUUAUUGUCCUCCAAAAAGAAGCGGCCAGCUCCGUGCUUCAGACAGCAUAUACAUGGAGGUGAAUUAGUAUACAUUCCUGAUAAUGUUUUAUCCCUCAGAGUAUCGCUUGUCCUUCAUCAGAGCUGAUCUCUUGGGGUAUGUUUUGAAGACAUGUUGAGAUUUACUCAUAAAUAUUAAUAAAAGCCUCUAAGCUUUUGAGUCUCUCCAGCUUUCAUCAGUGGAACUUGUUGUUUGGUGCAUCUGUAUCGGUGUUUGGGAC